AUAGCCCGCUCAAAAAGUUAUCAGUUUACUUUCAACAUUCACACUAGCAACACUGAUAUCGAUCAUUUCGAUAUCCCGUCCGUGUCAUUUCGUUACUGUUUUUGAUAAAUAAACAAAUAUUUACAGGCAAAUUGUGAGAGAGAAACUAUCGUGAUUCAAAUUGGCUCACACUAUAUCUACAACAUUUACUAACGUCGAUCUUGAAAUUUUCGAUACCUUUAUCGGCAAAUCAGUCACCAUGAGCAUGCGAAUGAUAGGCAGUACGAUGUCCUCGGGGAGCGCCAUCCAGUCGAUGGCCUCUCUGAGCAGCAAGACGAAGCGCCCGAAGAAGCAGAAGCUGCCGACCUUUGACCUAUCGCUGGAACAGAAGAUGGACCUUAAGAAGGCUUUCGAUUUAUUCGAUACCCAGUGCACGGGAUUUAUCGAAACCAAGGAGCUGCGCGUGGCCAUACGCGCCUUGGGGUUUGAGCCCAAAAAGGAGGACAUCAAGCGUAUGAUGGAUGAGAUUGACAAAGAUAAGACUGGAAGAAUUGCCUUCAAUGAUUUUUUGUAUCUGAUGCACAAGAAAAUGUCCGAAAAGGACACCAAGCAGGACAUGAUGAAGGCGUUCUCCUUUUUCGAUGACGAUCACACCGGAAAGAUAUCGUUACGCAACCUAAAGCGCGUCGCCAAGGAGCUGGGCGAAAAUCUCACUGACGAAGAGCUGCAGGAGAUGAUCGACGAGGCCGAUACCGACGGCGAUGGCGAGGUCGACAAAGAAGAGUUCUUCAAUCUCGUAAAGACAACCAACUUGAUCUAGGACGCUUAUUAUUUAUUCACCUUUUUUUCCCUUUUUGUUUUUUCUUUAAUGUCGGGGAAACGAAGCUCUUUUCUGACACAGCCACUACAUACCAACACUUACAGUACAACAUCUUGAUGAAGUUUGGAUAUGCUUCGGUUCAAUAAAGCAAGGCAAUGUAAAUGCA